AUGCCCCGUGGAAGCCGGAGCCGCACCUCCGGCAUGGCCCCUCCGGCCAGCCAGGCACCUCAGAUGAGAGCCGCGCCUAGACCAGCACCAGCAGCUCAGCCCCCAGCAGUGGCUCCACCAUCUGCUGUUGGCUCACCUGCUGCUGCACCCCGGCAGCCAGGUCUCAUAGCCCAAAUGGCAACCACUGCAGCUGGCGUGGCUGUGGGCUCUGCUGUCGGGCACCGGAUGGGCCAUGCCGUCACUGGGGGCUUCGGUGGAGGAAGUAAUGCUGAGCCUUCAAGGCCUGACAUCACUUACCAGGAGUCUCAGGGAACCCAGCCAGCACACCAGCAGCAGCAGCAGCAGUCUGGCCCAUGCCACUAUGAGAUGAAACAGUUUCUGGACUGUGCCCAGAACGAGGGUGACCUGAAGCUUUGUGAAGGUUUCAGCAAGGUGCUAAAACAGUGCAGAUGUACAAAUUGA